CUCUAAUUGUAAUAAUCUUUAUGCUUGGAUUUUUUGAGAUAGGAGUUAACGCAAGUCGUCUCAUUAUUGAAAAAUCGAAACGAAAGUUGGAAGAUUAUGAUAUUGAUACAAUAGGCGUAAAUAAUAGAGUUAUAUUGGCAGGGAUUUUACAAAAUAGAUUAGAUAAAGAAACGUUAGAACAAAAUUGUAAUUAUUACAUUUAUUCAAAACUUACCUUUUUGAACCAAGAUAUAUCAAAUACUGAAACUGCCAGCACUAAUUCAGAUUUAAAACAAGUUUUAGCUU